GAACGAGGGUAGGGGCGCCCACUUUCCGACAGUCGGAAGCCCUGAUGCACUUUGAACUACCUACUCGUCUCCCACAUUUCCGUUCUUCAGUCCUUGAAUCAUCAUGUCCGUCGAGAUAGCGGUGACCCCAACGAAUGCGCGGCCCUCGAAACGUAAGCGGGCUUCCGAUGCGUCAAUCGGUGGACUUCAGUGUCAAGUCUGCCACCGAUCAUAUGAACGUGCCGACCACUUGAACCGACAUCUGGACUCACACCGCAACGAGAGAUCGUUUCAUUGCGAGGAGUGUCCUGCAGCGUUCAACCGAAGGGAUCUGCUACUCAGGCAUCAAGCAACCCACUCAAAGAAUGCCAAAGAUGGGCUCGUGGGCCCAUAUCGCGUAGCAGAACGUGCCACGAAGGCCUGUAACUCCUGCGUCGUAUCAAAAGUCAAAUGCGACAAUGGAAGGCCAUGCAAACGGUGCCAAAAGAAAAGCUUACCAUGCCUGACAAAGUCGCCCGAGACGUCACCGCUUGCUCAAGCAAGAGCAGGAGAACAAUCAACGCAAGCUUUUGCAGUAUCUGUUGAAGAGCAAAAUAAUCCAUAUCAAUUUGACGACGACAUACAAUUGAACAAUGUCUAUCUCAAUGAGACCAACACUGAGGCGCAAGCUCUACUCGAUCUGUACAAUACCACUGGUUAUACCCAGCAUACCAUCCCGGCCUUCUUCGAACAAAUCAUGGUUCCCGCACCAGACUUUUUGGGUAGUGACUACAUGCAGCCGCCUCCGGAUCUGACGGCCUGGAUGCCGGAGACUGACUGGCUUGGUCAAGUUGACAUUUUUGGCAACGAUUUCACCCCAACUGUCAGUCAGAUGCUAGAAGCAGAGAUACCGCGGGUUACUGCCUUGCCUUCUGCAACGCCGCCUACCAAUACAGAUGUCUCUCAUGAGAAGAUUGAUAGCAACUCUGCGAAAAGGCGCCAUGCAGUCUUCAAACAGUCUGCCUGGUACUGGAUCCCCGAGCGUAACCAGCACGCUUUCAGCGAGCACGAAAAUAUCGCUUUGGACGAGCGUAACGUAGACCUCGCCUCGUCACCACAUAUGCCGUAUUCUUCCAAUGUCGUGAUCCCCGAUAAGCUAUCACCGGCAGCCCGUGACCGCAUCUUCCAGCUCGUGUCAAAGACUGCACAAAGCCAUAUCACCAUUCCGUCUUUCCCUUCGGCAGAGUGCGUCGACAAACUGAUCAAGGUUGGGAUUGCAAAAAGAACUGAGACCGAUGCAUGGAUCCAUCCGUAUACCUUUGAAAGCGAGACUGCCCGGCCAGAAUAUCUCACUGCCUUGGUGGCAGCCGGAUGUGUAUGCUUUGGUGUACUCUCGGUAAGCAGGACAGGCUUGGCGCUACAGGAGAUAGUCCGAGUCGCGUUGAACAGGCUGUCCGAGAACGAUAAUAGUGUGAUACGUGAUCUUGAAUAUCUCCAAGCUUCGAUGCUUUGGCUUGAUAUCGGGGCAUUCUGUGGGUACAGGAGGAAGAUGGAAAUUGCGGAGAGUAGCUUGCAGUCUCUUGUCACGGCACUACGGCGCGCCGGUAGAUUCGAUCAUAUCCGGUAUCCUGCAGUUACACCAUCUGCUGAGGAUGGCGACGAGGAACUACAUGCAAAGUGGAAGCAGUGGGUGGAGCAAGAAUCCUACAAGAGGUUGGUAUAUCACUUGUUCGAGCACGACAUUCACAUGACUAUGGCGAAGCAUCGCCCGCCACUGAUCAGCUACGCUGAACUUACCCUUAUGUUGCCUGCCUCAAAGACGCUUUGGCUGGCGCCCGCAGCAGAGACAUGGCGAAUGCGUUAUCUUGACAUGGACGUCGUCGCCAGUCCUCCCUCACUUCAAACGCUUCUAAAAGACGAAGCUGCCAUACGCUGUCUUCCUGCCAACAUCGACAUUCAAGUCGCUCACUCCUCCUAUCUACAUGGCAUUGCUGCUCAGAUUUGGGAGUAUACACAGCAAUCUGCGCUGAUGGAUGAGAGCAGCGACGCCUCCUCACAGCUCUGGGCUCGUUCUCGGCAGGAAAAACUAUACCACUAUCUGCAACGCGAAGAUUUUCUGCCUGGCAAAUUUCCAGCAGUGACUUGUCUGUUCCAUCAGUUCUUGCAAAUGUACCUACACGUCAAUCUCGAUCUAAUCACGCGUUUCGCCGGCAAAUGCGGUGAGAGUGCUGCCAACAGCGCGUACACUCAUCUCUCGCCCUGGAGUCAAACCAAAGAGGCCAGGGUCGCAAUCUGGCAUGCUGGACAGGUGGUACGAGCUGCGCGACAGAUUCCGCCAUACCAGAUCCGCGGUGCAGAUUCCUUCAUGUUGUACCAUUCCAUCAUGGUCCUCUGGACAUACAGCAUGAUGAUGUGCGACCUGGCCAAGAAGACCGGCACUACGACGCCGAUGCGCACACGGCCAAGUUCGCUUCCGAGCAAGGUUAUCUACCUUGAUGAUGCCGCCUCUGACAACCAGGCUGGCGUCAAUGCCUUCAUUGCCACGAACAGCGGUAUACCGUGCCUUCGCAUCAUCUCUACGCACCAACCAGUGGCAUCAGAGUCUGGAGCGGUCACUCGGCCUGAAAUCUGCAAUCUCAAGUAUCCUUCGCAGGUUAUGAAGGUGGGCGUCAUGCUUCUCGAUACAACGCAUCCCGAUGUGGAUCGCGAAACUGGGCCACCUCUUGUGCGGGCUCUUUGUGGACUGAUGGAAGAACUUGGAGGUCUUCGAUGAGAGAACUCGACAACUCCGGUCAUAAUGGUAGGAUUCAACGCUUACCGUCCUAAUGGCCAUCAUUCUGCAUUUCCUUGUCAAUGAGAACUGCACUUGCGCACUGAGUAAAACUCAAUCAAAGCAAGGAAGAAACACUGAGGCCUACAUCAACGCUACCUCUUCUCAUUUGCGUAUUGUCGUCCCAAUGUAGGCCUUAGGCCUGUUCAGUUACAUCCUUGUACGAGGUGGGGGGAGAACCCUAUUCUAGUGCACAAUCACAUCAAAAUAUUGGAACAAAGGAAUAGAGACACUGGUCAAAGAGCGAUUAAAAU